UGUUCCUCCUUCACCUCUCCCCAGGAGGUCUCCCUAUGGGCUUGUUCCUCAAGAUCACCACCCCAUUCAAGAAUCCCAGGUCCUCCAGGCACCAUCUUCUCCCUCUCUGGUCCUCUCCCUCACAGAGCUCUAGCCAAGCUCUCAACCUCCUUCCAAUCCCUUUAUCUAAUGGCCUUCUCCAUUGGCUUCACCAGGUUCAUCAUCUCCAGCCACCCAGACUCAGCCAAAGAAAUCCUCAACAACUCAUCCUUUGCUGACAGGCCAAUCAAAGAAUCAGCUUAUGAACUUCUCUUCCACAGAGCCAUGGGUUUUGCCCCAUUUGGUGACUACUGGAGAACCCUCAGAAGACUCUCAUCCACCCAUUUAUUCAGUCCCAAAAAGAUCUCAUCUCUUGCAGGACAAAGGAUGGAGAUUGGGACCCAAAUGGUGGCUCAGAUUGAUUCUCUUAUGAGGAAACAUGGGAAGGUUGAGUUGAAGCAAGUGUUGCAUUUUGCUGCAUUGAAUAGCAUAAUGAUGAGUGUUUUUGGGAAGAAGUAUGAGUUUGGGAAAGGGAAUGAUGGGUUGGAGUUGGAGGAGCUUGUGAAGGAGGGAUAUGAAUUGCUUGGAGUUUUCAAUUGGAGUGAUCACUUGCCUUUGAUUGGCUGGUUUGAUUUCCAGGGUGUGAGGAGAAGGUGCAAGAAUUUGAUUAAGAAAGUUGAUGUUUUUGUUCUUCAGAUCAUUAAGGAACACAGGGAGAGAAGAUCCAAUGGUAGUUUCGAUGAAAUUAAUGCUGAUUUCGUCGAUGUUUUGCUUCAUUUUCAGUCUGAGGAGAAGCUCUCUGAUUCGGAUAUCAUCGCUGUUCUUUGGGAAAUGAUAUUCAGAGGAACCGAUACGGUGGCGAUACUACUCGAAUGGAUAAUGGCGAGAAUGGUACUCCAUCCAGAGAUACAAUCCAAAGCGCAAUUAGAGAUCGAAAACAUAGUCGGGAGCUCAAAUUCAGUUUCUGAAACCGACAUACCGAAGCUACAUUAUCUCCAAUCGAUCGUUAAAGAAUGCCUAAGACUACACCCGCCCGGCCCGCUCUUAUCUUGGGCUCGGCUCGCGAUACACGAUACUUUUAUUGGCGAUAACUUUGUACCGGCUGGCACGACGGCGAUGGUGAACAUGUGGGCAAUUACUCAUGAUGAAUCUAUUUGGCAUGACGCCGAAAAAUUCAAACCAGAGAGAUUUAUGGAUGGUGAAGAUGUUAGUGUUAUGGGAAGUGAUCUUCGAAUUGCGCCUUUUGGAUCAGGGAGAAGAGUUUGCCCUGGUAAAACAAUGGCAUUGGCUAAUGUUCAUCUUUGGUUAGCUCAAUUGCUUCAAAGAUUCAAAUGGGAGGCUUGUGAAGGUGUUGAUCUUAGUGAAUGUUUGAAGAUGUCUCUUGAGAUGAAAAACAGUUUGGUUUGCAAGGUUGUUCAAAGAUCUUAGUGUCUCUAUUUUUAGUUUUAUUUUUAAUUUUUAAUUUUUUGAAGUAUUUGAUGUUGGAAGUGUGUUUGUCUUUGAUGUUUAUGUUGUUUGAUGAAGUUGUUAGGGUGAAAUGUACAGUGGGUUUGAAAAUUAUAUAUGUCAUAAUAAAUAGUUUAUUAUAAUUUUUAUGAUAAA